AUGGGUGACGUUUUAUUAGAGAACCCUGCGACUCAGGCUUUGCCCCAUCGAAAACCAUUACCAUCCUCGAUACCAAAUAUAGAUUCGCUGGAGGGCUUAGGAACCGAUGGAAGUGAUGAAUAUUCAACAUUGAAGAAGCUUCAAAGGCACUUGGAAUAUAUCCAACUUCAAGAAGAAUAUAUCAAGGAUGAACAAAGAAGCUUGAAGAGGGAGCUUGUCCGAGCUCAGGAAGAAAUCAAACGUAUUCAAAGUGUUCCUUUGGUGAUAGGGCAAUUCAUGGAAGCUAUUGAUCAAAAUACUGGUAUCGUACAAUCAUCAACAGGAUCCAACUAUGUUGUUCGAAUCCUAUCCACCCUCGAUCGCGAACUUCUAAAACCAUCCUCCUCUGUCGCUCUCCACAGGCACUCAAAUUCCUUAGUCGAUAUCUUACCCCCCGAGGCCGAUUCAUCAAUUGCCAUGUUAGGUUCUGAUGAGAAACCCGAUGUUACGUACGCAGACGUUGGAGGACUUGAUAUGCAAAAGCAAGAAAUUCGAGAAGCCGUCGAACUUCCAUUAACGCAUUUCGACCUAUACAAGCAAAUUGGUAUCGAUCCACCACGAGGUGUUCUACUAUAUGGCCCACCAGGAACAGGAAAGACUAUGCUUGUCAAGGCAGUAGCAAACUCGACAACUGCAAACUUCAUCCGUGUCGUUGGGUCUGAGUUCGUACAAAAGUAUCUUGGAGAAGGUCCACGUAUGGUCCGUGAUGUGUUCCGUAUGGCUCGUGAGAACUCCCCAGCUAUCAUCUUCAUUGAUGAAAUCGAUGCCAUCGCCACGAAGCGUUUCGAUGCACAAACUGGAGCUGAUAGAGAAGUUCAACGUAUUCUUCUCGAGCUUUUGAACCAAAUGGAUGGUUUCGACCAAACUUCCAACGUUAAAGUCAUUAUGGCCACUAAUCGUGCCGACACUCUCGACCCUGCUUUACUUCGUCCCGGUCGUCUGGAUAGAAAGAUUGAGUUCCCCAAUCUUCGCGAUCGCAGAGAGAGACGUUUGAUUUUCACUACUAUUGCAUCGAGAAUGUCAUUGUCACCUGAAGUCGAUCUGGACAGUUUAAUCAUUAGAAAUGAUCCAUUAUCUGGUGCUAUUAUUGCAGCUAUCAUGCAAGAAGCUGGUUUGAGAGCAGUAAGAAAGAACAGAUAUAACAUCAUUCAAUCUGAUCUUGAAGAUGCCUAUUCUAGUCAAGUUAAGGGUGCACAAGAGGCCGAUAAAUUCGACUUCUACAAAUAGAGGAAUGAUAACGGCGAAAAAGAAAGUGGGGAGAAGUGGCAUGGGAGCGAGGUGGAAAGUGGAAAAUGCCUUGAAAUGCGACAUUUCUGAAAAGUAUCGGAUGCUUCAUUCAUGCUGGGCUUUUGCAAUUGUACCAAC